AGGGGGCAGGCUCACGUCGAAAGCAAGCAGGUUCACUUCUGAUACACACAACCGUAGCGCCACGAGGGACCGGCCGGGCUGCACCUCCCCAAUGGAGUUGAUGAAAUAAUCCGCGCCGUGGAAGCAACUUGUUAGAACGCGUUUGGUGAUUUGAUUCGUGCAGGCGCCGCCGGCUUCGUUUAACCAGGUGCGAUGAUCCCCGUUACGGAGUUCAAGCAGUUCACAGAUCAGCAGCCAGCCUUCCGGGUCCUCAAGCCGUGGUGGGAUGUCUUCACGGAGUACCUCUGCAUCACCAUGCUGAUGAUCGGCGUGUUUGGCUGCACUUUACAGGUAACUCAAGACAAGAUCAUCUGUCUCCCCAGUCACAUUUCAGCCGACUCUCCGGGCGAAAUUGACUGCCAACAGUUUGUGGAGAGGAGCCGCAAUGCCAGCAGCAAGGCCUUGACUCCAGUGUCAUCUUCUAGUCCUAGCCCUGUUGUCCAAGGGGCUGUCCGUGAGAUGAAUGGUCUUAAGAACAACCUGGACCUCCAGCAGUACAGCUUCAUAAACCAGAUAUGCUAUGAGCAGGCUCUCCACUGGUAUGCCAAAUACUUCCCGUAUCUUGUGGUUAUCCACACGCUCAUCUUCAUGAUUUGCAGUAGCUUCUGGUUCAAGUUCCCUGGAACGAGCUCCAAAAUCGAGCACUUCAUUUCUAUCCUGGGCAAGUGCUUUGACUCCCCUUGGACCACACGGGCCCUCAGUGAGGUGUCCGGCGAAGGUCAGGAUGAUAAGAAUGGAGCCAGUAAGCUCAAAGCUAGUGCUCCUCUCUCCAAGUCUAACUCUGACGUCUCAAGGGUUGAGGUGGCCGCGGGGAACGACGAAACUGUGAGCUUAGUGCGCUCUCCCUCUGUCAAGUCUAUCCCAGAUAAAAUUGUGGUCGAGCAGCCUGGAGCCUCCGUCCUGGACAAGAAGGAAGGAGAGCAGGCCAAGGCCUUGUUUGAGAAGGUGAAGAAGUUCAGGGUUCAUGUAGAAGAAGGUGACAUCCUAUACUCCAUGUACGUGCGGCAGACGAUUCUGAAGGUGUGCAAGUUUGUGCUGAUUAUAAUCUAUAAUGCAGCUUUGGUCCCCAACAUCAAUUUUAUAGUUCCGUGCUCCUUAGGAGUAGAAGAUAUGACAGGCUAUGACAGCUUCUGCUGCAACCACACCAAGGCCCAUCUCUUCUCCAAGUUAGCUAUUUGCUAUAUCUGCUUUGUGGGGGUCUAUGGCCUGCUGUGCCUCUACACCCUGUAUUGGCUCUUUCACCGACCCCUGAAAGAGUACUCCUUCGAAUACGUCCGCCAAGAAACGGGCAUCAGUGACAUACCGGAUGUGAAGAACGACUUUGCCUUCAUGCUGCACCUCAUCGACCAAUACGAUUCGUUGUACUCUAAGCGCUUUGCAGUAUUCCUCUCAGAGGUCAGUGAGAGCAAACUGCGGCAGCUAAACCUGAAUCACGAGUGGACCGCCGAUAAGCUGCGGCAGCGGCUGCAACGCAAUGCCCACAACCGACUGGAGCUCCAUCUCUUCAUGCUGUCGGGUCUUCCAGACACCGUCUUUGAAAUCGCAGAAGUGGAGUCAUUGAAGCUGGAGCUCUUGAACGAGGUCGCCAUCCCUCCUCUGAUCUCCCAACUAAUCUGCCUGGAGGAGCUCACGUUAUUCAACUGCCCCACCAAGCUGCAACUGGCCGCCCUGUCAUUCCUGCAGAGCCACCUCAAAGUCUUGCGGGUCAAGUUUGAUGAUCUUCGCCAGCUUCCUCUGUGGAUGUAUACGCUGAAUAGUCUUGAAGAACUGCACCUGAUUGGCUCCCUCACACAAGAACUCUCUAAAAACAUCUCUCUGGACUCUCUAAGGGAGCUGAGGAACCUGAAGAUCCUGACUAUUAAGAGUAACCUGAUUAAGAUCCCCCAGAGUGUGGUGGACGUAGCCACCCAUCUGCAAAAACUGUGCAUCUACAACGACGGCACUAAGCUGCUCACUCUGAACAAUGUGAAGAAGCUCUUCAACCUCACGCACUUGGAGCUGGUCCACUGUGACCUGGAGCGCAUCCCACAUGCCAUCUUCAGUCUGAACAACCUGCAGGAGCUGGAUCUGAAAGAGAACCACCUCAAGUCCAUCGAGGAGAUUCUGAGCUUCCAGCACUGCCGCCGCCUGACUACUCUCAAGCUCUGGUACAACAGCAUCACCUACAUCCCCGAGCACAUCAAGAAGCUCAAAUCCCUGGAGCGCCUGUUCCUGAGUCACAAUAAGAUUGACGCGCUCCCAUCUCAGCUCUUCCUGUGCACAAAGCUGCGUCACUUGGAUCUCUCCUACAACUACAUCCGAGUCGUACCUCCGGAAGUCGGAGUGCUGCAGAGUCUCCAGUACCUGUCUCUGUCCAACAACUCCGUCGAUUCCAUCCCGGACGAGCUGUUUUUCUGCAAAAAGCUCAGGACCCUUAAGCUAGCUAAUAAUAACCUCACAUCGCUCUCUCCCAAAGUGGGCAACUUAACCUUGCUCGCCAAACUGGACCUGAAAGGAAACCACUUGGAGGUUUUGCCUUUGGAGAUUGGGGAGUGUAGCUCUCUCAGGCGCGCUGGCCUGAUUGUGGAGGACACCCUGUUCGAUCUUCUGCCACCUGAGAUUCGAGAGCAAAUGAAAGAUGACUAAAGGUCGAUCGUGGGGUUUGGAUGGUGGACAGGCUGGCGUGUCCAUUCAGUAUCAUUUUUAAACGGAGGGUCAAUUCACAAUAUAGUUGAGGUUUGCCCAUUUUUGUAAUUUUAAUUUUUUGUUUUGACAAUUCUAAAUGAAAUCUACCCCACUUUAUGCUGCAAGAGGACAAACGCUGGGCCCUAAUAUAGUAUGCCUCCCCCUUCCUUAACUGCGCCUUUUACUCACCAUUUAAGAGAGAGAUCAGCCCGAGGUGUGCUGAUUGAUUGAGCCAUCAUUGAACCAUUAAUUUCUGAUCGUCCACAUGGCUAUCCUAAUAAUGUGAACCAAGUGGGCGGAUUACUGUAUGUCACGUUAAAACCCUACAAGAAGUGAAGGAAGUGUGCAUCGUCUCGCAGCCCUGUACCGACGGUAGCUUUCUAACUUGUAUUUAGUUCUCUCAGUCGAUCAAUCUCCUGUGUGUUCUCGCUUGUGACGUCUCUCGCGUGCUCUCCAUUUCCCUCUAAUAUUCCUCAACUUCAAUCUUCCUUCCUGUUUCCUACAUACCCUUGUUAGGAUCCUAUCCCUCUACUAUGUACUUUGCUUGUUCAGACGGUCUCUCUUCCUCUGCUACCAUGCACAUUCUCCAUCUCUCCAAUGCUCUCUGUUUAUCUGCCGUGCACACAAGAACCGCUUGGCCCUCCUUCUUUCUCUCCCUCUGUCCCAUUUUGUGUCAUUUGCACUCCUCUUCAGGUCCUGUCACAUUACGGAAAUUGUUUAACAUCGAUUUUCAUUCGCGACUUGCUGACAGUCGUGACUUAAUCUCGUGACUUCCAUAUGUGUGUCACCUGAUAGCACCAGGAAUUCAGUCUCUGUGUUAUGAUUUGGUUUUGCUGGUUUUUUUUUUGCUUAUUUUUUGAUAGUGUAAAAAAAUAAAACGAACAAAGUAAAAGUUUUGGGGCAUCUUGUGGCCAACCCCCGUAUACUUUUAACAAGAAAACGCAUGUUAGUGUGCAAAAAGAGAGUUGUCCCAACUUGGGGACUCCUCCAAAUUUCAGGCAUUCUGGGAAGAUGAGGCGGGCCCGGUGGACAGAACCCAGAAGUGAUGUCAGAUUUUGGACCGGUGUCAAUCUCAUAGACAUAUAUAGACAGACGCCGCA